GUCAGGAUCUGAUGUGGCCAUUUGUAGCCGGAGUUUUCUCCUGUGCUCGAGCAGUACCCCCAACCUUUCGCCUAGCUCGUCCCUCAAGGGCGUUUCCGGAAGCUCUGCGAUCAGCUUCUCGGCGGCGUCUAGGGGGAGAUACUUCCAUCCAUCGGAAGUUCGCAGCUGCAGCUCUUCAAUCAGCAACAGCUUCAAACGAAAAGCACGACUGCAAGGUUCUUCCUGGAUUCACAAGGCGAAAAGAAAAAAAGGAAGGAGCAGCUGCCGCAUGUCGAUCACUUCCUCUCCCUUCGCUUGCCAUGGCCUCUCGACUUCCAGUUCUUCCAAAGGCUUCCAAGACUGUGAUCACAGCGUUUUAUCUCCUAAACGGCCUCCCGCCCGCUUUCAUUACGGUUCACUGGCAUUUAUUUUAUAGAUGGCGUGACUUGCGAUCACGCUUGAGGCUUUAUUCGCUGAAUUCUUUAUUUGAGGCCAACUCAGUAUUCCAUUAGAGCCCUUCA